UUAAAUCUAAGGCGAGGCCGGUUUCUCCGGGCGUGCAGCAGAGGAACGGCUGUUGCCUUGGGGAGCCUUCGCGUCCUGAGCUGGCCUGGGCUCCCGCGCUCUCUUUUCCGUCUGAGGUGCUGCUUAGUGAGGAGGUAGCCAUGGCCCUCCGGGUCACCAGGAACACGAAGAUUGCUGCUGAAAAUAAGGCGAAGAUCAGUAUGGCAGGCGCCAAGCGAGUGCCUGUGGGCGCCGUGGCUGCGUCCAAGGUGGGCCUGAGACCGAGAAUGGCCCUCGGAGACAUAGGCAACAAAGUCAGCGAGCAGCCACAGGCCAAAAUGCCUCUGAAAAAGGAAACAAAAGCUUUAGCUGUUGGCAGAGGAAUCGCUAAAAAACUACCAAAACCUGUGGAAAAGGAACCCAUGCCUUUGGAGCGAGAGUCCAAACCUGAGCUAGAACCUGAGCCCCCGAGAGAAGAAAAGCUCUCACCCGAGCCUAUUUUGGUGGAUACUCCCUCUGCAAGUCCAAUGGAGACAUCUGGGUGUGCUCCAGCAGAAGAAGAUCUGUGCCAAGCUUUCUCUGAUGUAAUUCUUGCUGUGAGUGAUGUGGAUGCAGAAGAUGGAGCUGACCCAAACCUCUGUAGUGAAUAUGUGAAAGAUAUCUAUGUUUAUCUGAGACAACUUGAGGAAGAACAAGCAGUUAAGCCAAAAUACCUACUGGGUCGAGAAGUCACGGGAAACAUGAGAGCCAUCUUAAUUGACUGGCUAGUGCAGGUUCAAAUGAAAUUCAGGUUGCUGCAGGAGACUAUGUAUAUGACUGUUUCUAUUAUUGAUCGGUUCAUGCAGAACAAUUGUGUGCCCAAGAAGAUGCUGCAGCUGGUUGGUGUUACUGCUAUGUUUGUUGCAAGCAAAUAUGAAGAAAUGUACCCUCCAGAAAUUGGCGACUUUGCCUUUGUGACUGAUAAUACCUAUACUAAGCACCAAAUCAGACAGAUGGAAAUGAAGAUUCUAAGAGCUUUAAAUUUUGGUUUGGGUCGCCCUCUGCCUCUGCACUUCCUUCGUAGAGCAUCUAAGAUUGGAGAGGUUGAUGUUGAACAACAUACACUGGCCAAAUACCUAAUGGAAUUGACUAUGCUGGAUUAUGAUAUGGUGCACUUUCCUCCUUCUCAGAUUGCUGCAGGAGCUUUUUGCUUAGCACUGAAAAUUCUCAAUAAUGGUGAAUGGACACCAACUCUACAGCACUACCUGUCCUACACGGAGGACUCCCUCCUCCUUGUUAUGCAGCAUCUGGCUAAGAAUAUAGUCAUGGUGAAUCGUGGACUUACAAAGCACAUGACUAUUAAGAACAAGUAUGCCACAUCAAAGCAUGCUAAGAUCAGCACUCUGGCACAACUGAAUUCUGCGUUGGUUCAAGAUUUGGCAAAAGCUGUGGCAAAGUUUAACUUAUGAACUCAGAAUACUAUACCUUCAAAUCAAACUUGGCACCAUGUGCUAUCUGUACAGACUAUAUUACACAUACUUAUAAUAAAGUUUAUGGUCCUUUUUCUCAACGACUACUUCUGUUCUAGGAUAACUUAAAAGUAGUCUGAAAGGUAAUUGUGGAGGAUACUAAACAGCUUACCUGGGGACCCAACAAAUGUAUAUAUUCCCUGCAGGAAUACGUCAUUCUUAUUUUAUGUACCUGGCUUUUACUUUACUGUGAAGUACUAAGGUGAUGGAGACAUUUAAAGCCACCUCACAGAAUGUGUGCUGUAUGUAAGCCCAUUAGGGGUACAUAAAGUAAAAAUCUUAAAGCACCUCAUUCCUAGUCCCUGUUUCUUUUGGUUGUUACUGUCAUCGACUUUAGCUAGUUUCAACUUUUUCACUUGAGGAAAGUAAGAACUUGGCUUUAACUUGACUCACUUUUUAUGUUAAAAAUACGAUAACUACAAAAGCAUCUUUAAAAGUCUGUUUACCACUCUUUACUCUCAAUUCAAAUAAAUUGGUAGAGGAUUUAAAAAAAUGGGAUUCUAUAUCCUUACAAGUAUAGGCUGUACCUAUAUUUGUGUUAAAUUUUCAUAGUAUGAAUAUACUGUAAUUAUUCCUCUGACUUUGUUUAUAUUUUAAUUUAUACUUCUGAUGGCUAGUUAAAUAAAUUUUUGAUUGUCUA